AUGGAAGUGGAGGUGGGGAUUGGUGGGGAAGGCCGAAGCGGUGAGUGGCAGCAGCGACUUGUGGCUAUAGAAGAGCAAUUGGUUUUGUUUUGGAAUGGAGGUGGAGACCACCAAAAUGUCAGAGUCAAGAAACUGCCACCUCUCCCUCUGCGCUUCAAUUCUGAUGGAACUUUCAAAAUCCUCCAGGUAGCUGACAUGCAUUUUGGGAAUGGCAUGGUGACUCGAUGCAGAGAUGUGUUGGAUAGUGAAUUCGAGUACUGUUCUGAUCUCAACACCACACGGUUUCUUGAAAAGAUGAUUGAGCUCGAGAAGCCUGAUUUCGUUGCUUUUACUGGAGAUAACAUAUUUGGAACAAGUGCUACUGAUGCUGCUGAAUCUCUGUUCAGAGCUUUUAGCCCAGUUAUAAAAUCUGGACUUCCUUGGGCAGCCGUUUUAGGGAACCAUGAUCAAGAAUCAACCAUGAAUCGUGAAGAAUUGAUGUCUUUCAUCUCUCUCAUGGAUUAUUCUUUGUCACAAACUUUUCCCACAGCUGAAGACCUAUAUGAUCCAGCCAAACAAAACCGGGUGCCAAAAAUUGAUGGGUUCGGGAAUUAUAAUCUGAGAGUAUGGGGUGCUCCAGGAUCCCAUCUUGCCAAUAGCACUGUCCUCAAUCUCUAUUUUCUUGACAGUGGGGACAGAGCUGUUGUUGAUGGACUUCGAACUUAUGGAUGGAUUAAAGAAUCUCAACUUAGUUGGCUUCGUGGUAUUUCUAAAGAAAUUCAGGAACAAAAGCAGGAUAUCAAAGAAUCAGCAGAUACCUCCAAAUUUUCUGCUGUCUCCCCUGCAUUGACAUUCUUUCACAUUCCCAUUCCAGAAAUUAAACAAGGACCUGUUAAGGAUAUUGUUGGCACGUAUCAGGAAUAUGUAGCAUGUUCAUUCGUAAACUCUGGAGUCCUGAAGACGCUUGUCUCUAUGGGAGAUGUAAAGGCUGUGUUCAUAGGUCACGAUCACAAGAAUGACUUCUGCGGAAAUCUAGAUGGCAUAUGGUUUUGUUAUGGCGGAGGGUUUGGAUAUCACGGUUAUGGUGUUGCCGGGUGGCCAAGGAGGGCAAGAAUCAUUUUGGCAGAACUGGGGAAAGGGGAGAAAUCAUGGAAUGGAGUAGAGAAGAUCAAGACAUGGAAACGACUUGAUGGUGGGAUGCUGAACAAGAUUGAUGAGCAAAUCCUUUGGGAGAGACAAUAA